CCCUCACUUUGCCAUGCAUUAAGUUGUACUUGCAACUUGGUAUAAAUAUAGGGACUUACUUAGUUCGAAUAUUGUCCAGUACUUCGACUGCUUACCAACUGUACAGUGUUGUGCAUUCCAAGUCAGGUUGCAGAAAUGGCGUUGAAGAUGAUGAGCAUUAUUAGCAGCCUGAUGGCGUUGGUGGCAGUGACAUCAGCUGUGCCCCUGGCAGUGCCAGUGUAUCACGCCCCUGCACCCGUCUACCAUGCACCUGUUGUCUACAAGCCUGCACCACCUCCCGAGCCAGUCGCUCAUCCCAAAUACGCAUUCGCCUAUGAGGUGAAAGACGAGCACACGGGCGACAUCAAGGCACAGGAAGAAUCACGUGACGGUCCACUUGUGAAGGGAGUGUACAGCCUGGUGCAGCCGGACGGUCGCCGUCGCAUCGUCGAGUACACCGCUGACGACCACACCGGCUUCAACGCAGUCGUCAAGUACGAGCCCUUCGGACCCCCCCUGCCACCUCCUCCACCCAAGCCGGUCGUCAAGUACGUCGCACCAGUCCUCCCUGUCAUCAAAGCACCCUACUACCAUCACUAGACAGCUAGUCAGCCUCCUCCCCCCCACCCACCACCGCCAUCCAUCAACCCGAUAUUUAUUAGCUAUCAUCGAUAAGUCAAACAAAUUAUGUUAAAACUAAAAAAUGUAUAAGUUGUAUAUAUUUUAAUAAACUUUUGUAUUGAAAUCAUA